AUGAUUCUGGGCGAGUCGUCCGAGGAUCAGACUCGAAUCAAAAAGACUCUGGCAAGAACUAACAGAGUCAGCGUCUCGGAGCUGGUAAUAUCAGAGACGGGAAUGGCUCUCGGAUACUACUACCUCGCCGAGACUCAUCGCUAUUCAGGUACACCCAAAGCCUAUGUUGGAUGGCUCUACAGAUGUGCUCUGAUGCGAGAUCCAGGGCUGAAAGCCGCAGUGUUUGAUAGUCUGGCCAAACAUUACCACAUGUCUGGCAAAAUUACCCAACGUAUGAUCGCCCUACAGACGUCGUAUCUAUUGAUGCCCACCGAACAAGUCGAGAAUGCAAUCAUAGAGCUCACUAAGAUUCAUAACUUCACAUUUGACUCCUUGGCCACCGCCCGAGAGCUGCUGGAACACACAGUCAUGAUUAUACUAUGUGGAAGAUCUCCACUGUACAUCCUAGAAGCCCUCCAUAUCUGUCUGCAUGACAACUAUCGGGCUUCUGGCGACCUCGAAGAGAGACCCUCUUUCGCAGAGAUACCACAUUCCACACGUACCGCACACAAACUGUCACAUCUUUUGCCUUCAGCGCUAGCUAUGCUUGCCUACAAACCUGAUCUGGAUUGUCUGCGGAGCUACACGGCUAUAGAAUGUAUGAAUGGUCUUGUUGAGCUGUUUGGAAGUGCCCCAUUCAGUGUCUCUGACUCAGAGAAAGUGCUGCCUGGCGAUUUGCUUUUUGAGGAGCUUGAGUUGGCCUCGAUUCCUUCUUUUACAGACAUUUAUGAGCUCCGUAGGGACCUCUAUGAGCAGAUGAGUUGUCUAUGGGCCACACUGCAACGCCGAGGCCAGACUUACAAUGUCUCCUAUGACGAUUUUCAGCGUGUGCAGUGCAUUAUUUAUUUAGCCAAAUCCAAACCUGCCUUGGCCGAAAAGGGUGUGUUUGGUAAAUGA